AUGCCGAGCAGCCUCGGCAGCCAGGACUCGCACCUCUCCGGCUCCGACCUGGUCCCAUCCCUCUCCAAGACAGACUCUUCCAGAUCGUCUCAGUCGACGCCGUCGACUUCUGCCGAGUGGACGUUCGAGGACGCGGCAUAUUCGGAUCGCAAGCCGUCUAUCCAAACUGCCAACCUCGGCGACGGCUACGUGGGCGCCGAGUCAGAUACCAGCGGCAUCGUUCGACCCGAGCCACUGCGAGCAUUCCGUUCCGAUUUGGCCGUGGCCGACCGGAUCGCCGCUGGUGACGUCGAGCGACACAGCAUGGCCGCUGUUGGCCGCAGCGCACCGGGCAUUCCCGAGCCAGCGAGCAGACUCCGCACCGAGCACCCCUCUCAGCAUCAGCAGCAUCUCCACCAUCCGCAGUCGUAUCCGCUGAGGCAUCAGCGCGUCGAGCAGCCCAACUCCGACAUGGAGGGACACCACCAGGCGGCCAACUACGCGUCGCUCGCGGCGAUCGCGGGCACCCUCCCACCGUCGGGGCUGCCGACGCACGGCGUUCCCGUCGCCGACGAGGCUGAAGAGGGAUGGUCGUCGCUCAACGACCCGGCCUACGCCGGCGCCGUGCGCUUGCUCACCGAAAACCUCCUCUCCGCCGAGUCCGCACCGCGGCUGUCGACGUCCUCGAUGGACAGCACGGUGACCAGCGAGCUCCACACGCCGGAUAAUUAUCACCAGCCUUGGAACAUGAUCGAGGCCGGCUUCAAGGCCGAAAACGCCAAAGGCGGCCAGUCGCUGCCCAUCGACGCGUCUGUCGACGGCGGCCUGCAGAUCGGCGGCCUGGAUCGACCGAUCAAGGCGGGCGGCGAUGCCUCUUUGUCGCCGGCGGGUGCCGAGAGGAGCAACACGCUCAAGCGACCCACGCAGUUGUCGAGGCUGUCAUCGAACGCCACCAACGUCACUCUGAAGCCGUCUCCGCCGGCGUCAUCGUCUUCAUCUUCUCCUGCGGCCAACAUGUCGACGACAUCGGCAGAUGCCGCCCAAGUCCCGGACGUAGCCCGCAUGUGCGUCAGCCAAGACGCAGCCUCCCGUCGCUCCGGGGCCGAUGCCGCUCCCGUGGGCCGGCGCUCGCCGGCAGCAGACGCGAUGACCCUCGGCGAGCACGAAGCUCGCAUGCACGCCGGUACCUCGAGCAGGACAGUCCUUGCCAGCCCGGACUCUUGGCGUUCGCUCCUCCCCGAGCACGACCCCUUCUUUGUGCCAGAGAGUUCCUUUUCGCCGCAGUCUGAGCACCGCUUCAGCUUCUCGAGUAGCCAGGCGCCGCAUGCGCCGAACUCCCCUCGACACAUCGCCGACGAGGCGGGCUCGUUCCGCGGUCCAUCGCUCGACUCGAGCGGCGAGCACACCUUUGCCUCGUCGUUCAAUGGCGCUCGGGCCUCGUUCAGCAGCGCCGUGAGCCACCAGUCUGGCUCUUCCUCGCUGAGUGGGCUCACCGCAGACACCGACAGCUGGCGAAGCUUUCUGCCGGAUUCGGACCGUUUCUCGUUGCGCAACGCUCCGUCGCCACGGCUCAGCGCCUCUGGCGCGCUUCUCAGCCCGCAGCCGAGCGCGGUGGCACCCGCAGACGGGGGACAGUUGGAGCCGCCCAUCAUUUUGGACGCCUCCGGUCAUCGGGCCGCAUUCCUUGCCCUUCGCGGCAUCGCCGGCCAGGAGCUCGCGCAGCAGGUCAAGGACUCGUCGUCGCGACGCCAUGCGAGCUUCUCUAGCUACGAGCCGCCGAACGCUGCAGGAGCUUCGAGGCCGGCGAUGGCAUCCACCCGUCGGCCGACGGUGGUCGAGUCACACAACGGCAAGCGGGAGGGCGCGUCGACGACCCACGCGCGGCCCAACAUCAUUGCGACGAAGCGGGUAUCAUCGCCCCUGUCACACUCCGAAGGCCACACGCACAAGCUCGCCUGGACCAGCUCGUCGGCUUCGGUCGACUUUGACGACCUUGAAGAUCGUGAGAGCUGGCCGACAAGCCGGGGCAGGUGCAAGCAAGGCGCAGCCAGCCGCAACGAUGGCCCUGUGCGAAAGAGCCCUGUUUCUGUCGAGCCGACUUCGCCCAGCAGCGUCGCCCUGGACGGGCCUCGCGUCGGCCCGGAUGGGGCAGGCGGCCAGGUCGACGAGACAUCGAGCAGCGUUCUGCAGGCCACUCCCGACGGACUGGUGGCUACGACGACGACCAAGACGACGCGGACCACGACGGUGACGAAGCUGAUCGCGCCGACCGUCGAUGUCGAGGGCGCCCAGGGGCCGUCGGAUGAUGCAAAAUCGAACAAGAGCUCGAUGGAGCCGCCCGAGUCGCGCAAGGCGGAUGCCGUCCCGGACACGACAAUGGUGGACUCGAGACGCUCGACGUCGUGCAGCAUCUCGGCGCCACUCAGCCCGCCGUCGCUGCCGUUCCUCGACAGCCGGCCCGCUCCCCCCGAGACGGAGCUCAUGGUCGAGACUGGGCCGACGCAGUAUACGCUCAUCACGCACCUGCCCGGCUUCUCGAUCGACUGCAUCACGCUCGCCACCAAGCAGCACAAGAACCACCGCACCCUGCACCUGGUGGCCGACAAGUUCGAUGACGAGGACGGCGGGCACUUUGAGAGGCGGGUGACGUUCCCUGAGGGCGAGUGCGACCUGGUCGGUGUGCGCGCCGAGUUUGAUGGGACGACGCUGCGCAUCUUUGUGCCGCGCAAGGAUGCCCGCGGCCGUGGCUUUAGCUCCGCCAGCAGCGCCACCUUCUAA